CGGCGGUGGGGGGUGUGUAUGCGCGGCCGCGGCUCCUCGCCGUGCUGCCGCCUCGCCCAUGGCGUUCCGCGGGCGGGUCGCGCUCGGGCUGAGCGCGCCGAGUGUGUGUGCAAAGCCGCCGCGGAAACGGGAUGGAAAACGGCUCCCGUGGACGUGGGGGUCUGCGGAUGUUGGGGACAAUUUCUGCCCGUGACGCAGGGUGUGUGUGUGUGUGCGCUACCGAGUCUUAGAACGAAAUCUUUCAACUGGGUUUCUUUUGUUUUCUGAUGUUUGAAGAGCUCAUGGCACAUCGGUGACUUAACCGAUCUACCGGAGGCUCCAAGUGUGCGACUGUUAAUCUUUGAUUAAGCAUCCUCUAGACGUAUUAUUUUGGCUUUUCGUUUUGGACACCCGUUAUAAACGACAGUUUAUUUUCUAUGGCGGAGUGGGGUCUAACGCCUAGGGGUGUAUGCUUCUGACCUGAAACGUACUUUUCUCUAGUCUCCUCAUCUGAAUUCUGAAUGUUGUUCUGGAGGAGGGGUUUAAAGACUCAUGCGAAUAAAUAGGAAUAGUUUUUGAAGGUUUUAAAACUUAAUUUUUUACGUUCACGUGUAGGCGCAGAUUUAACUUUCCUUUGAGCACACAUUCUUCAGUUAAGCAAUAAACUGCUUAACCUUUUUUUUCCCCCUUAAAACGGGCUUCUGUGGUAGUACAUUUCUGUAAAUCAUUUAAAGUUGUACGUUUCGCAAAAUUGUGUUCGGGCCGUGUUUUUCUUUUGGCUUUGCUUACUGUGUUGUACGGUAUUUUUUCUUCCGGUGGGAUUUAGUUUAUCUUUAUUAGAUACCUUUGUAUGUUAGUUUAUGCCUUAAUAGAGAUUUUUCUCCCCUUUUUCCUCUCUAGGUGUUUGUGACUUCAGAGUUAUUUAGGGGUUCAGUUCUGAGCAAGUACGAGACACGAGGAUUCAGUUUAUUUUACACAGAAAGCUACAGCACUUCACCAGUACACUCUUCCCUCCUUCCCGUCCCUCUUCCCCCAUAGGGGAAGACAAUUCGGGAAUUAUUUUUACAGUCAUUUACUCGCCCUUUCUCCCCUAGAAAUCUCCCUUGUUACCUGAGGCAUCCGCUGUACGUUGCACGUUAUAGGACUUUGCUUGCUUUGCGAGCUUCAGUAGUACCCUUCACUCCAGAGUGCAGAGAGGCAUCCAGACUUCCCUGCCACCCUUUGUGGUUAGUAGAGGAUCCAGGGAAAGGGGUACCUAGGAGGACACGUGACCUUGUGAAGGGAGCCAGAACUGAAGCAGCACUUGGCACGCUGAAGGGAGGGAGCACCCAUCUUUGGUGUCCUUCUCAUCUUCCACUCUUUUCCUCACCCAAUUUCUGAAAUUCCAUUGAAAGGAGACCUUGAAGGUUGCAAGACAACUCCAAGAUGUGCAGUUCAGUUGCUCCCAGGCUGUGGUUCUUAACAGACCGUCGCAUCAGAGAAGAUUACCCUCAGCAGGAGAUCCUGAGAGCACUGAAGGCCAAGUGCUGUGAAGAGGAGCUAGAUUUCCGGGCCUUGGUGAUGGAUGAAGUGGUGCUGACCAUUGAGGAUGGAAAUCUUGGUCUCCGAGUGAAUGGCGAGCUCAUUACUGCUUACCCACAGGUGGUGGUUGUGCGUGUACCAACACCUUGGGUCCAGAGUGACAGUGAUAUCACAGUCCUUCGCCACCUAGAGAAGAUGGGCUGUCGAUUGAUGAAUCGUCCUCAGGCCAUCCUCAACUGUGUCAACAAGUUCUGGACAUUUCAAGAACUUGCUGGUCAUGGUGUGCCUCUUCCAGACACUUUCUCAUAUGGUGGUCAUGAGAAUUUUGCCAAAAUGAUUGAUGAGGCGGAAGUGCUGGAGUUCCCUAUGGUGGUGAAGAACACGCGGGGUCACCGAGGUAAAGCUGUAUUCCUGGCGCGAGACAAGCACCAUUUGGCAGACUUAAGCCACUUGAUCCGUCACGAUGCCCCUUACUUAUUUCAAAAAUACGUGAAAGAGUCCCAUGGCAAGGAUGUGCGUGUCAUCGUAGUAGGAGGCCGUGUGGUGGGCACCAUGCUCCGCUGCUCUACAGAUGGGAGGAUGCAGAGUAACUGCUCACUUGGUGGCGUGGGGAUGAUGUGCUCACUGAGUGAACAAGGCAAGCAGUUGGCGGUCCAAGUGUCAAACAUCCUGGGGAUGGACGUAUGUGGCAUUGACCUGCUGAUGAAGGACGACGGUUCAUUCUACGUCUGUGAGGCCAAUGCAAAUGUAGGUUUCAUUGCCUUUGACAAGGCUUGUAAUCUAGAUGUAGCUGGUAUCAUAGCGGACUAUGCCGCUUCUCUCCUUACCCCCGGCCGCUUGACGCGGCGCAUGUCCUUGCUCUCUGUGGUGUCCACGGCAAGCGAGACUAGCGAGCCAGAGCUGGGCCCUCCAGCUAGUGCCGCUGUCGACAAUAUGAGUGCUAGCUCCAGCUCUGUCGACAGUGACCCUGAGACCACGGAGAGAGAGUUGCUCACCAAGCUCCCGGGGGCUCUGUUCAACAUGAACCAGCUAUUAGCCAAUGAGAUCAAACUUCUUGUGGAGUGAUGCCACAUGUAAAUAGAUGACCAACAGAACUCUCUCUUGUACAUUUUAUUUUUAAACCAACUUGCAAUGCUGUUUAUCAGAGAAGCUCAGAGGAGUGAGGAGAGGGGGGUGUCAGUCAAGAGAGCAAGAGUAAGAGGCAUGUGUGUUGUGCUUGCUGCCUCCACUGUUUUGCAGAACAUAAAAUUGUGCUCAUUCUUCAGUAUCGGUUUUCUAAUGAAGACACUUAGUUCACAGCCUAAGUGGGAAUUGUAUUUGGAUGCUGCUUUAGUCCCACAUGUAUUCAUAGGCAAACACUGGAAGCAUGAUUCACACUUAAAGAGUUUCAGAAAGCUGUCUGGCAGCUCUCUAGAAACUUCUGUGAAUUCUUUCACCAGUCAAGUCUCCUCUGCCUUUGUAAGGCUUGAUCCUGUAAGUGGUCAAGUGCCUCAAAUUCUCUGUGAGUUGAAGGUGUCAAAUACCAGGUAUUUCAAAGUUCUGGGACACCUCCUGAUCAUACUCUAGUAGAUGGGAGCUGUAAGUUCAGGAUCCUUUAAAAGUUGUCACUUUGUGACCUUGCAGGAUUUGGCCUUUCAAAUGAUCAGACUGAGAGAAGCGUCAGCUGACUUUAGUGUGAGCUUCCUGUAGAAAUCUGUAAUUUGUACCUUUCUUGGUAUUAAUUGGCAGCUUCAUGUCUAUAUUUCUUUAUAAAGUUUUCCAAGAUGGAUUUUAUUUUUUUUUGUCAGUUCAAAUCCUGAUCUUGGAGGGUAUGUAGGGGAAUUGGUCAUACUCUAGUUGUGGCGGAAGUGGCACGUUUCAACUAUCUUUGCAUGAUUGGAGGAGAUAAACAGCACUGUAAUGUUUGGAAUACAAGAUAAUGUUUAAUCCAAUGUGAAAAAGAAUUACACUAGUUUAAAGCAAACGUGCAUCGACUUGUAUUUGUUAGUGUUUUAGUCUUUUGGAGAGAGAUCUGCAAUGUUAAUGUUCCGUUUUCUUUAAUACAUGCUAGUCCAACACUCCCUUCUCUAUGCCUGCAUCUUUAACAGUGGCCAAAGUAAAAACACUGCAGACUAUUUGUUAAGAAAAAACUGAGAGGGGGGAACAUGGUAAGGUAUGGAGGAGGGAAAAGGUGGUUAAAAGUGAUAGACAUCUUGAGGUACUUUAGAAUAAAGCUGCAGUUCAUACAGUACUUAACCAGGCUUACUUUUUCCCCACUGAACAUAAAAGCUGAUGGCAGAAAUCCAAAGAGUAUAAUGUAACUGGGGAGAAAUACCCAAUUCUCUAGCUUUGGGAAAUGUGCAGCAGGUUUAAAAACUAAAAAAUAAUAAAAAAAAGG